CGACAAACAAAGCACCCUUGGCCUUCAAUUGCUUCAAUUGCUUCAAUUGCUUGGAUUCCUUGGAUUCAUUCAAUCGGCCAUGGACACCCUCAAUGGGUCCUUCGCCUCGCCCGUCGCUGAUGUCGGGCUGGCUUCCUCAGUCGCCCGGGAUCCCGCCGGCCUGCUGAUGUCCAUCUACAACGGCAUGACCCUCUGGACCACCAUCUUCACCAUCUUGCUGCUCCUUGUCACAUACGAUCAAGUGAAAUACAUCUGGCUCAAGGGAUCCAUCGAAGGCCCCAGGUUCAAGAUCCCCUUCAUGGGCCCCUUCCUCCAGUCGGUGAAUCCAAAGUUCCCCGAGUACCAGGCGAAGUGGGCGAGCGGCGAAUUGAGCUGCGUCUCCGUCUUCCACAAGUUCGUCGUCAUCGCGGCAACCCGCGAUAUGUCCCGCAAGGUUUUCAACUCACCAUCAUAUGUAAAACCGUGCGUUGUCGAUGUCGCUCACAAACUCCUGGGCAAGGACAACUGGGUGUUUCUGGACGGCAAGGAACACGUGGAAUUCCGCAAGGGCUUGAACGGCCUCUUCACUCGGGCUGCCCUGACCAACUACAUGCCCCAGCUGGAAGAUGUCUAUGAUCGCUUCUACAACAUGUUCGUCCAGAGAUCCGAGGAGCUCAACAUGAAGCCUGAGCCAUGGAUGCCACAUUUCCGGGAAUUGAUGACCGCCUUGUCCUGUCGCACUUUUGUCGGCCACUACAUGUCGGACGAGGCCGUCAAACACGUCGCGGACGACUACUAUCUGAUCACUGCCGCCCUCGAAUUGGUCAACUUCCCCAUCAUCAUUCCCUUCACCAAGACAUGGUACGGGAAGAGGUCGUCAGAUAUGGUCCUGCGCGAGUUCACCAAGUGCGCCGCCAAGAGUAAAGUUCGCAUGGCCAACGGCGAGAAGGUCACCUGCAUCAUGGACGCCUGGGUCAAGAAUAUGUUGGACUCGGCCGCUUAUCGCGAGAAGAUCGCCAAGGGCCUGCCCGUGGAGGACUCGGAAAAACCAGCCCACAUCCUGCGCGACUUCACCGAUUAUGAAAUCGCCCAGACCAUCUUCACCUUCCUGUUUGCUUCACAAGACGCCACCAGCAGCGCCUCCACCUGGCUCUUCCAACUCUUGUCCGACAGGCCCGAGAUCCUCGCCAAAGUUCGUGAGGAGAACCUGAGAAUCAGAGGCGGUGAUCGCAAUGUCCCCAUCAGCAUGGAGCUCCUCGACCAGAUGGACUAUACCCGUGCUGUCGUCAGAGAAACCCUCCGCUACCGUCCGCCGGUAAUCAUGGUCCCCUACAUGGUCAAGAAGGAUUUCCCCGUCACGGACACCUACACGUUGCCCAAGGGCUCCAUGAUCAUCCCCUCCGUCUGGCCCUCCACGCAUGACCCGGAAGCCUACCCGGAUCCGGAAACUUUCAACCCAGAGAGAUGGCUGAACGGCGAAGCGGAUAAGGCUGCAAAGAACUUCCUGGUCUUCGGCACGGGCCCACACUAUUGUCUAGGCCAGACGUACGCGCAAUUAAAUUUGAUGGCUAUGAUUGGCAAGGCUAGUAUGCUUCUCGACUGGGAACAUCAUACCACGCCCACGUCGGAAGAUAUUCGAGUUUUCGCUACGAUUUUCCCUGAAGAUGACUGUCCCCUCGUUUUCCGCCGAAGACCUGAAUAAAUGACUCUCCUGCUCAUCUUUUUAAUGUAUUACAAUUAAUGUUUUCUCCCCAAUUCAUCCAUCCAUCACCCCGAAAUUUUUACACACGGACCAACCCUCUCUUUCCCGCUCUCGCUCCUGGCCCCCUCCCUUCAAAAGAAAAAAUAAAUCACAAAACACAGGAAAGCCCAAUGAACAAAACCCUCAACCCGCCACCCAUAAGACAGCCUUUUCUAUUCUUCGAACAGCUUGAUUGGGCGAAUGACAUGGGGCACUAUUGAAACCCGCUGAAACCUAAUCAACCAAUCAGCAGCGAUGACGACGAACCAAACCGCCUACUACUCCCAACAGCACACCAUGAGGCAUAUGGUAAUCCUACCCGAGACGUAGGUGUCAUGGAUCUGAUAGAAAUGAUUAAAUAACAACAAAGAGGUGGCGUUAGUGGGAAUGGGAGAACGGGAAGGGGGUUGAUUGAUUGGUUGAUUGGUUGGUUGUACGGGGAGUUGCAGGAUGUUUGGGUGCGAAAAGGGGAGUCAGGAGCCGGGACGCGCGAGGCGAGAGGAGAAUUGAGUAGAAAACAUUUGCUUUUUUUCAUCUUUUUUUUUUUCGUUUUUAUAUAGCAUAGUAAUAGUCCUUUUUUAAUCAUUGAAUUCAUUUUCAUUUCAUUUGCUUAGCU